AUGAUUUUUAUUAAGGAGUUCGAUCGUUAUGGGCUUAUUGAUCGACUUGAUUAUGAAGAAGGAGCUAGUUUUGCGUAUAUUCGAUUUACGGAUCAGAAUGCGGCUCUGGAUGCAUGUCGUGCAAUGAAAGGUUUUCCUCUUGGUGGUCGAGAUCGAUGCAUUAUCGUUGAUUUUGCCAAGUACAAUAUUUUUCAAAAAACUGAUGAUCAAAAGAAUGAUCGCAAAAGACGGCCAGCCACACCUGAUGAAAUUCCCAGAAAACGACGAGGGCCAAAGACUCCUCCUGAAAGUCCUCCUUCUACACCAUCUGAUGGUGAUAUUGAUACUAUUGAUGAAUUGGAACGUCGAAUUGCUCCAACUUGGCAGGGUAUUGUAAUUUUGAAAAAAACUGAAUACGCUAUUCGUCUUCAUCGUAUUUCUGGCACUGAACAUUUGCUUCAAAGAUUACUUCGAGAUCCUUCAGAUGGUAGCGCUUUGAAAUUGCACAUUACUCAACGAUUGCCUUUGGCAAGCCAGGAAGCCUUGGAAGAUCGUCUAAUUAAUUCACCAAAAAAACAAUUGAGUCUAAUGAUUGCUGUAGCUUGUGACAAGUCUAUUCGGCCCUUAGCCAAUUAUUUAUCAGAUAAAGACGCUGCUGGAGUAGUCACUGUACCAAAUGGUGUUUUAUAUGUCUUUGCUGCGAGCAAUAUGGCAGAUCGUUUAAUACAAGCAUGUGCUCGAGGCGUUAAUGUUCUAACUCCUGAAUGCGGGCAUCUGUUAUUCGCAUUAGCUCUAAAGUCGCCUUCAGAUACUUCUUCAACUGCUUCUUAA